GGCUCACACGGGUUUCAUAGAAAAAUAUGACCGCGCACUUGUUGUAUUCGAUCUAGUGUAGUGCUGUUUCUUUUUAAAGUCAUUUUCCUUUUUUUCAAAAACAUAUUUUUAUCAUUUCAUAGCACCAAACAAUCAUUGGACGAUAGAUAGACAGACAGUUUGCUUUUCAGAUACAUUGAUGGAGGGACAGACAGUGUGUUAUGGAUGGAUAGAUGGAUAAAUAAAUAGAAAGAUAGAGAGACGGAUAGACAGACGGAUAGACAGAUAGAGAGACGGAUAGACAGACAGACAGAUAGAUAGAUAGAUAGAUAGGUAGAUAGAUAGAUAGAUAGAUAGAUAGAUAGAUAGAUAGAUAGAUAGAUAGAUAGAUAGAUAGAUAGAUAGCAUUGCGAAUGCCUGUCUUGUAUGUGGGUGAGGAGGAGGAGGAGGAAAAAUGCCUCCUGUGAGAUUUGACAAAAUGAUGGAGAGAGGAGGAGAGCAAGCCCAGGUAGAUCGAGAAAGUACAGCGCAAGAGAUGAGAGGAGCACGAAGCGGGGCCAAUGUGAUACAAUAAGUGCAAUCUUUUUGAAUGCCAUCGCUAGACCUUAAAGUUACCUUUCCCACUCUCAACAUCGGACAACAAUGCAGCAAAUGUGCCUGUCUCUGCUUUGCACUCUUUGCCUCCAUUUCAUUUGGCAUUGUGCUGCAGAGGAAGGUCUGGAAUUCCCUAACUUUGACGGCAGGGACCGGGUGUUGGACAUCAACGAGCGUAGCUACAAGAAGGCUCUGAGGAGAUUUGACCUGCUGUGUCUGUUUUACCAUGAGCCCGUGACUGCCAACAAGGGCCUGCAGAAGCGCUUCCAGAUGACCGAGCUGGUCCUUGAGCUAACAGCUCAGGUGCUGGAAAACAAAGACAUCGGAUUCGGGAUGGUGGAUGCUCAGAAGGAUGCCAAAGUAGCCAAGAAGCUGGGCCUAGAAGAGGUGGGCAGCCUGUACGUCUUCAAGGACGAUCGCGUCAUUGAAUUUGAUGGAGAACUCUCAGCAGACACUCUUGUGGAAUUCCUCCUGGAUGUGCUGGAGGACCCGGUAGAAAUAAUCAACAACCCAAUGGAGCUUCGAGCCUUCGAAAGGAUAGAGGAAGACAUUCGCCUCAUUGGUUACUUCAAAGGAGAGGAUUUAUACUACAAAGCUUUCCAGGAGGCCUCAGAACGUUUUCAACCCUACAUCAAGUUCUUUGCCACAUUUGAUAAAGCUGUGGCCAAACAUCUCUCCCUCAAGAUGAACGAGGUGAAUUUUUACGAGCCCUUCAUGGAGGAGCCCGCCGUACUGCCUGGCAGACCUUUGUCAGAAAUGGACAUUGUGGACUUUGUCAAUCAACACAGGAGGGCCACUCUCAGGAAGCUCCGGGCAGAAAACAUGUUUGAGACCUGGGAGGAUGACAUUGACGGAAUCCAUAUUGUUGCAUUUGCUGAAGAGGAGGAUCCAGAUGGCUUUGAGUUUCUGGAGAUCUUAAAGGACGUGGCCAGAGACAACACCAACAACCCAGAUCUGAGCAUUGUCUGGAUUGACCCUGAUGACUUCCCUCUGCUCACCACUUACUGGGAAAAGACCUUCAAUUUGGACUUGUUCAGGCCUCAAAUCGGUGUGGUCAACGUCACAGAUGCGGACAGCGUGUGGCUAGACAUGUCCAAUGACGAGGACCUGCCCACUGCAGAGGAGCUGGAGGAUUGGAUUGAGGACGUCCUGUCCGGCAGGAUUAACACGGAGGACGACGACUUUGAAGACGACCGUGGAGACUUUGACAGGGACUUUACUGAAGACAGCAACGAGAGCCUUGACCGAGAUGAAGAUGAAGAUGACCUCAAUGACUGAGCCUGCUGGGAUCUUUACCAUAUCUCUUUAAAUCUCUUACAGAUUAGAAAUCAUUUUAGAGACUAAGAUUUGACCUCUUGUGCUGUAUGAUACAGAUAAGGUCAAUCUAAUGCUUAGUACAUGCUAUGAUUGCUAUUACAACAUUACUUUUGUUGCAGAGGUAAAAGUAAAAUAAUGCACAGUGCUGCCUUGAUUUACAAGUUUACUUCUUUCUGUGACCACAUUUGUAACCCAAAUUAAGCAUAUCUCAAAUUAUCUUUCGCCACUGAAAUGAAUGGCUAUUCUUUCCAGAACUCCAACAAACACCAACAAAAAUGUUUGUACCCGUUUAUAAUGAGAAAAACAGAACUCUACAGUAUUGUACUUUGUAAAAAAAAACAUAGUGAUAAUUUAAUUGAAUAUAAAGAUUUAGGCAGCACGGUGAAAGACUGGUUAGCACAUCUGCCUCACAGUUCUGGGGAAAUUCCAGCCCCGCCUGUGUGGCGUUUGCAUGUUCUCCCCGUGCCUGGGUGAACAUUUUCUCGGGGCACUCCGGUUUCCAUCCCAAAAACAUGCGUGGUAGGUUUAUUGAAGACUCUAAAAUAUCCUGUAGGUGUGAAUGUGAGUGCGAAUGGUUGUAUGUUUCUAUGUGCCCUGCGAUUGGCUGGCGACCGGUCCAGGGUGUACCCCGCCUCCUGCCCGAAGAUAGCAGGGAUAGGCUCAAGGAGCCCGCGACCCUAGUGAGGAUAAGCGGUAAAGAAAAUGGAUGGAUGUCAAGAUUUAAACAGUUUAUGCAUCAUGAUAAUUCAGUGGGCAGUGUGCUACUCAUUCUGGUGUGCAUGCCUUGGCCACCAUGGGGCAGUAUAAUAUAUAGACACCCUACACUCAGAUUUAGUCAUGAAACGCAAAGACCAUCUCAACUAAACUGCAAUAAUAUUAGUCAUUUUUCGCAGAAACUAAAGAAUAUAUGCACGUGAAUAUUGUUGUAUGUUUUGUUGGCAUUUCUUGCUCCCGUUUGCAUCGAAACAUAAGUUUAAACGUUUAUAGUUACCGCAACAUCUAAGCUAAUUUCCUUGUCCUUGACUUUGGAGUUCUUCCAUUAGGUGUUAGCAUUAAGCUUGCGGACUUUCAUAAGGCAAAUCUAAUAUAUGUCAUGUUAUAUUUAAUUUUAAACUUUAACUAGGAGUGGUAAUAAACAGAUUGAAGAUUAUUUUUUAUCAAUUGUUCACUAUCUGCCAAACUGCUGCUUGUUGUGUCAUUCCCUCCCCCCAUAGCCAGUGUUAAGGACGUCAAAUAAUGUCAAUGUUCAAUAGAUUACGGAACCUUCAAUCGUC